AUGCGACCGGCGAGGCCAAGCGCCCUGCUGCCCGCGCUGCUCCUGCUGGCGCUGGUCCUGUCGCCGCGCGGGACCCAGGGGAGGCCCGGGGGCCGCAGGGGCGCGCGCGUCGCGGGCGAGGAGCCGAAGCCCUGGCGGUCCCUCCCCGCGGCCUCCCGGAGCGCAGAAAUAUUCCCAAGAGAUUUGAACUUAAAAGACAAAUUCAUAAAGCAUUUCACAGGGCCGGUCACGUUUUCAGCCGAGUGUAGCAAGCAUUUCCACAGGCUCUACCACAACACCAGGGAUUGCUCAACACCAGCUUAUUACAAAAGAUGUGCUAGAUUGCUCAAAAGAUUAGCAGUGAGUCCUCUGUGCUCACAGGCAUAGAAGACCUACAUGUAUUUCUUAAGAACGUAAACCUAAUUCGAAGGAAAAAUAGUACCUAGAAUCGUACUAACUGUAAAAAAGAUAAACUUCUAAUUUUAUGGUGUAUUAAGAUGAGUAAAAUAAGAGACUUCUCAGAAAUAACUGGUGAGCUGUGUCCUAGCAUAGGAUGAGAUCUUCCUUGGUUUAUCUUGGUGUAUAUAGUAAUCUGAAAUUUUUUAAUACAAAGUUUAAUUCACAUAUUGCAAAUAGAAUAUUAAAAUUUAUGCUAUUCUACUUUAUUUUUGCUAUAUAUAUUAUUUUCUUGUAUGGUUAACAUUCCAUAUAUGUAUGAAUUAUAUAUUUAAUUACGUAAAUUAUGUCUGAGCAUGCCAAAGAGAAAUGAUAUUUUCGAUAUGAUUUUUUUGUAACAUGUUUGUUGAAUAAUCAUGUACAAGGUCCCCUUUUAUAAUUCUAAUUUAAUAAUAUUUAACACAUAUAUUCAGAAUUUGUUACUUUUAUCUGCAUUCAUUUGAAACGUGAAUUUUGUUAAAACUGAAAUAUGAAAAAUGUGUUUUUUUGAAUUAACAACAUUUUUAGCAGAGCUCCUACUAUUGAAAUAUGAUUACCAUAUAUGUAUACAUGUGUAAAUAUUCAUUUUCUGAACUGAUAGCUAAGAUGCUGAGACCAUUUAUGUCUUUUUGAAUUUAGAGCAUAUGGUAUUGCUGCCUUAAAUAAGAAGAAGUCCAAAUGAACUUGGUGGGGAGAAGAGUGUGUGGGCACCUGGGAGCUCUGUUUAGAAAAUAACAACACACCUGACGUGUUUAAUCAGUUUCAUUGAAAAACAAUGAUGUAAAAAUGAGAAACCUAAACAAAAUAAUAGGAAACCCCACCCUUUUAGAGGAGGUAAAACAUGCUUUGCUUAGCAAUGCAUCGCAGUACAGUUGCUGCUUUUUUAUCCCUUUUCCACUGUUUGUGCUGGUGUCACGGAGACGUGGGUCUGGACUGGCCAUCACUUCCAUUUUUAGCUCCUCUGUCCCUCCCAUAACUGAGCAUGUGUCUGUUUGUGUCUGUAAGCACACAUACUUGUUUGUCCAUCAGAAAAACAAGCUCAAAAACCUCCUUUGGCUUCAGGGAUAUUGUGAAGCUACAUUUUCAAUGUUCAGUUUUAUUGGUUUUGGUCUCUGGGGAAAGUCGUACAAAUAAUUACUUAAAAAAACUUGGGUGUGUGUUGAAAUUCUGCUAUAAUGCCAUGUCAGAAAGAAUGAGAAGAAUAAUAGAGUUUUGGUUCCCUGCCUUUACAUAGUAAUUAUAAUGUUGACAACAUUUGGAAAAAGGAAGUAAUCUUUACUCGUAACUGUUUAGGGAGCUGGAGUGCUCUUUGUUAUAAAAGUGAAGAGGUUAUUGAAUGGUGACAAAUGAGAACUUCUCAGUGAGACGCAUUUGGCUGAAACAGAAAAUACCCUAGAGGAGCUGUAUGAUUAGUAUGGUUUCACCCAGGUAAGUUAUUUCAGAUGGAACCCUAUGAAAUUAGAUUUUAAACAUUCUCAUAGAUGACUAAUGCGCCUCAGAAAUGUGUUCUAUGCUCUAAGUAUACUUAAAACCUACAAAGAUUGACUAAAGAUAUCGCCAGCUGAAAUGAUGUUUAUUUUACUACAAUUGACCCCUGAACCACAUGGGUCUGAACUGUGUGGGCCCACUUACAGUGGAUUUUUUCCAGUAGCUACAUACUGCAGGCCUACAUGGUCCACCUCUGGUUGGCUGAACCCGUGGAAGUGGAGAACCUUGGAGACAGAGGGCUGACUGUGAAUUAUACUCAGAUCUUUGACUGGGGGGUCGGCACCCCGAACCACACAUUUUUCAAGGAUCAACUGUACUUGAUACUUAUUUUUCAUCAUAUUAACUUUGACA